CCCCCGCGCGGCGCUGCGGAACCGGAGCUCCGGGCGGCGUCGGCAGCGGCGCGAGAGGCGACGAGGCCGGGGCGGCAGGAGCCGGCGCGGCGACCGCGGCGAGGGCGGCGAGGACGGAGCAGACCACGACGAAGACGCACAGGCAGCCGGGCCGGGCCGGGCCACGGGGAGAGCGGCCGGCGGGCAGCGGGCGGGAGGCCGGGCGGGCCGCGGGCAGCCACCGAGCCGCGAAGCGACAUGGUGUUGCUCAAGGAGUAUCGAGUAAUCCUGCCUGUGUCUGUAGAUGAGUAUCAAGUGGGGCAGCUGUAUUCUGUGGCUGAGGCCAGUAAAAAUGAAACGGGUGGUGGCGAAGGCGUGGAGGUCCUGGUGAAUGAGCCCUACGAGAAGGACGGUGAGAAAGGCCAGUACACACACAAGAUCUACCACCUGCAGAGCAAAGUACCCACGUUUGUUCGAAUGCUGGCCCCAGAGGGAGCCCUGAAUAUACACGAGAAAGCGUGGAAUGCCUACCCUUACUGCAGAACCGUUAUUACAAAUGAGUACAUGAAAGAAGACUUUCUGAUUAAAAUUGAAACCUGGCACAAACCAGAUCUUGGCACGCAGGAGAAUGUGCAUAAGCUGGAGCCUGAGACGUGGAAACAUGUGGAAGCCGUAUAUAUAGACAUUGCAGAUCGAAGCCAAGUGCUUAGCAAGGAUUACAAGGCAGAGGAAGACCCAGCAAAAUUUAAAUCUAUCAAAACAGGCCGAGGACCCUUGGGCCCCAAUUGGAAGCAAGAGCUUGUAAACCAGAAGGACUGCCCAUAUAUGUGUGCAUACAAACUGGUGACUGUCAAGUUCAAGUGGUGGGGCCUGCAGAACAAAGUGGAGAACUUUAUCCAUAAGCAAGAGAGGCGUCUGUUUACAAACUUCCACAGGCAGCUGUUCUGUUGGCUCGAUAAGUGGGUUGACCUGACCAUGGACGACAUUCGAAGGAUGGAAGAAGAGACAAAGAGACAGCUGGAUGAAGUAAGUGGGGGCUCUGGGGGCUCUCAAUUAGAUAAACACACGAAGAUUAAGGAGACUGUUUUGCUGGGGCACUUCACCGAGAGCACCAUCCUGUAGUUCUGGGAACACGUCAGUGUCUGCUACGGGGAAGGUAUCCUGGGCAAUACGUGGGCACUAUACGGAAGAAAACAGCCUGUGCUCUUGAAUUGACAGUUGAGUUGAAGUCUUGGCAUAUCCACAGAGACAAAUAUGGCAGUAUGUGCCGAAUGCCAAGUGGGUAAUACAGCUGCUACAGCGAUGCUUCAGAUGAAGGCCUGGUGGGAAAGAGCGUGCGGGGCUGCAGAGCUGGAGGUGACCCUGGGAGGAGGCAGGCUGGGCUGACCCGUGAAUACCAUGCACAUUACCCACAGAGGACAGUCACAGCGCACGCAGGAGCUGACAGCUGGCAGCUGUCUACGGUCGUUUUGAGUUAUCAGAGUUGGGAGCUUUUGCUUUUCUUUUUUUGGCCUUGGCGUGGAUCGCAGAAGGAGGGUUCCCUGUUCCUUAGGAGCCUAAAGACCCAGCACUUCUCAUGCCUCAUUUGGAGAUGCUGAUGCUUCCCUGAGAGGCCCACUCAGAGGAGAUUGUCAGUCAGUAACAUUCAAGCACUCACUGUGUGCCGUGUACCAUUGUGAGGGCCUUUACGUACACCGUCCUGCAGUCUUCACGAUACCCCGUGAGGAGGCGCUGCUGCUCUCCCCACCCUCAGAUGAGGAAGUGGAGGCUCUGAGAGCUCAGUGCUGCGGUGCCCUGGGUCACACUGUCUUGCAGGUGACAUGGUCAGAGUAAGAGCCCAGGACUCUGGCCCUGGAACCACAGCUCUUAAUCACUCCCCUGUACUCCUCCCUCUAAAUGCAAUUUUGGGCCCUCCUGCCAUCUUGGAGCUACAAAUAUGAUAAGGCAGGAAGCUCCGUUUCAUAAGAACUGCCAUCACUUCUCCCUCCUUACCCCAGGUGGGGUUGGCAUGGAGUUUGGGUAUCCAGUAGAGGCACUGCUUUGCAACAGCCCACCCAGCUGUCCUGCAGGGCCUCAGAUGAGAGCCAGGCUUGGGCGCCCAUGCUACCCGUGCUGCACGGACGCUGUCUGCCUCACCGUGCUGGUCUAGGGCGAAAACUGGGUCCAGAAGUUCUUCCUCUGGAACCUCGCAGGGAACUGUUUUUACCAUCCAGAAUGACACUUUUCCUGGGCUGACUCACUGGUAAGUGGUGCACUGAGUUGGUUCCUCUUGAAGGCAAAUGUUUUGGUUAUUCAUUUAGCUACAUUUAAGCAGGGAAGUGGCAGGAUUUCAUUGGGGCACAGUCCCUGAUUCUUUUGCUAAGGAUCUUUAGGAAGGGGUAGACCUCAGUGUCCAGGGGUCUGGUGAUUCUGACUGUGUAAGAGAAGCCUGAGGCUUUUGGUGACCCUAGUCCUGACAAAAAGAAAGGGAAAAUGUUAACAAAUGAAGAAACAUGGAGACUUUCAUUGGGGUUUUAGCCUGGAGCUUCAGCCAUCCACUGCCUGACAAAGGCCAGCAUGACGCAUGUUGGCGUUCAUGGAAGUAUUUGCUGUCCACCUUUCAUUCCUUCGGGUACAAUUCAAAUUCUUGGAGCUAGAACUCUCCAGAGGAUCUACUGGAUCUGCUUUCUUCACAUCAAAACUUUGAGAGCCCUCAGUGUUAGAGAGUUAUUUUUUAAUCUCUCCCCCUUUUGAAAAUCUUUCUCGACCAGGCGCGGUGGCUCACACCUGUAAUCCCAGCACUUUGGGAGGCUAAGUUGGGCAGAUCACGAGGUCAGUAGUCUGAGACCAACUUGGCCAACAUGGUGAAACCCUGUCUCUACUAAAAAUACAAAAAAUUGGCCAGGCGUGGUGGCGGACGCCUGUAAUCCCAGCUGCUCGGGAGGCUGAGGCAGGAGAAUCGCUUGAACCCAGGAGGCAGAGGUUGCAGUGAGCCGAGAUCACUCCAUUGCACUCCAGCCUGGGCGACAGAGCAAGACUCCAUCUGGAGGAAAAAAAGAAAAGAAAAUCUUUCCCAUUCCAUGGAGAAUCAUACCAAAAGCUUAGGUGAUCACUGUCCUCCAGGAUAACUGCAAAUAGAAGAAACUUUCUUUGGGAUUAGAAUUUUAAAACUCAUCUGCAGUGGGAGAGAAAGCAAGUCCACCUCAUUGUGGUACAUGUGUGGCCUCUUCAGCAACUGUGCAGGACCUUUGUGUGCUGACUAUGCUUGGUGUGGCUUGCCUUUUUAUUUUUUUGUCU